CGUAUACACAAAAUCGAAUACGUUUGCCGCAGUCUAAUUCGAAUUGCUUCUCAGAACCUUUGGCCCGAGCUACAACUGAAAGGAGAAAGGCGGCGCCAUGGAUUACGAGCCGAUGCUGUUGGAUGGCGAGUCCGGAGGACCAUCGAUCAAGAUCUCAGGGGCUGAUAACAUCCACGUCAACUUUGAUCUCUCGAACUGCGACCUGUCCUUCGCCAACUCACUGCGUCGCGUUAUCCAGGCCGAAGUCCCAGUGAUCGCCAUCGACCUGGUCGAAAUUGAGGCCAACACAUCUGUCCUUGCCGAUGAGUUCAUCGCCCAUCGCCUGGGUUUGAUUCCCCUCCAAUCCAAGGACGUCAACAGCUUGCUCUACACCCGAGACUGCGACUGCGAGCAGUAUUGCGAUAACUGCAGCGUGAAGCUUACGCUGCAUGCGCGAUGCUCAUCAGACGAGACCAUGAAGGUUUACGCCAGCGACCUCAUUGUCGACAGCUUCAGACAGAACGGCACCGUAGGAAACCCUGUAAUCCUCGACCCUGAAGGGCAAGGCUCUUUGAUUGCGAAGCUGCGCAAAGGGCAGGAGCUCAAGGUAUCAUGCAUCGCGAAGAAGGGUAUUGCAAAGGAGCAUGCAAAAUGGAUGCCGACGUCUGCUGUUGGGUUUGAAUACGACCCUCACAACAAGCUGCACCAUCUGGACAUGUGGUUCGAAGAAGAUGCCAAGGCCGAAUGGCCUGAAAGCAAAUAUGCCAAGAUGGAGGACCCCCCACAAGAAGGCGAAGCUUUCGACUACGACGCGCUCCCCGGCAAGUUCUACUUUGAGGUCGAAGGCGUAGGCAGUCUGGAGCCGGAUCAGAUUAUCCAGGAAGGAAUCAAGAUUUUGCAGGAGAAGUUGGCCCUCACGCUCCAUAUUCUCACAGGCGAGGCAGACGAAGAUGGCAUGGGCGACUUUGAUGGACCUCGCAGUCCCAACUUGGAUAUGGAUGGCGGCAACCCCUGGCAAGAUCAAGGCUACACCACCCCUUUCAAUGGCGGCAACCAGACCGCAUGGGGAGGCAACGCAACGACACCCUACACCACAACGACGCCUUACGGCGCCUCCGGACAGUCUGGAUGGAACUGAGAGAGAACGACAACCACUAAAUCAUAAAAAGGCGUUUAUGUAUGAAAAUCACUUUGAGAUAUGGGGGCGGUAAUGGAGUUUGCGAAUUUUUGCAAAGAAGCCAGCUUGGUCAUCAGCUGGCUACAUCGGACCAGCUUGGGGGAGGAGGGGGAGUUUGCCUGACGACGCGCGAAACGGCACCAACGCGCACGAAAAGAUGCACUCCGCAGCGGCAAGAGGGGGUAGGCUUCUCGGCAUCCUGACGGCUAGACCUGAACCCAGAUUGGCUUGGCUUAGACACCCGUGACAGGGGAUGGUGGCGGUAGAGCAAUCGUAAAACAAGACAACAGCCCGUCAAACACUAGGGCGAGGAGAGGCAGGCGGGGUUCGAUUUCGGCGGAGAAGGUAAC